AUGUCGACGUACCUCACAGCACCCACCCUCGCUCCAAUGACCUCUGCUGGUCCAGAAACCCGUCAUUCUUCAGCAAUCCGUCGCAAACGUUCAUUCGAUGACCUGCUUUUACCAUCACUACCCCUCGAGCCCGCACAGUACUGCUAUCAUGACUCCACCUACCUAGCGGGAAAUCCUUCUUUUGAAGCCCGCGCUGAUCACAAAAGGGCUCGUACCGCGCCUGCUUCGCCCGUUGGAGUCUUCACCAAUCUGACCCCCAAGGCAUCGCCUCUCUCAGCCAAAGCCACCAUCAAUUGUGCUCCUCUAGCCGCUCCACCCUCGAAAUUCAGCGCUGGUGACAAUUCUGCAUCGCAAUCGCAGCAAGUCUCUAAUAGCCAGCGCUAUGGUCCAUCAACCUCGGCGUCUAUCUCGAAAGAAUCGUUCUAUACAUCGUCCUUGAGCCUGGCCUCUAUCACUCAUAGGAACAACGAAGAUUCAGAAAGCGAUGAGAACCCAAAUAUUACUCAAACAAACAACUGCGCUCCCCUCCCAUCAUUGAAACACCUGCAAUUGUUACCGAAUCCCAAAAUUCAAGAAAACGCUUAUCGAUACCCAGACACAUCUGAGAAAACUCCACUCUGGAGAGAAAGUCUAGUGAGUUGGUGUAAAAGUGAAAAGUACAACGAUUAUCUCCAGAUUAACAAAGAGCUUCACGAAGUUUCGUCCUAUCCGGCUACAGGACUGAACAUUCUAGCAAGCGUUGCAUUCAUGUCUCAAAAAAUACCCUCCCUUCUCAAUGCCCGCGACGAAUUUUCCGGAUUAUCGAACUGUGCAUCGCUGCAUGGUGUCGUAACACCACCUAUGAGCCCUCGUAGCGCGAAUUCGACGACAAGAAGCUCACCAGUGUUCACACCAGCUAUCAGCGACAAAUUGGUACAAACCGUUAAGGAAAAGCGCACCAAGGCUCACAAGAAAACCAACAGCUUCAAGGCACGGGAAAUGAAAAAGUUGCUGAAUGACAGAGAUAUCUUGUCCUUGGACUCGAAGGGGAAAGUCUCCAAAGUUAGACAGAGUAGAGCGCGCAGCGCGCCUUCCUCGCCACAGCAAUUCGUGAUUAAGUUAGACGCCUUGACGUCUCCGAAAAGUAUCACGAAAAGCUCGCCCAAAGAAGUCUCUGGUGGCCAGAAAAUUCUGGGCACAGAUUCGUCACCUCCACGCAGCAGAACUCCGCCAAGAACUCAUGUAUUCAUGCUCAACGAACCACGGACCCCAAAUACAAGCUCAUCGCUCAACAGCGUUCAUGCCGAUUCCGCCACGACGUACAGUUCUUCCUCCGACACACCCGUCGUUGCGAACAGGAAACUGUCAUCACCGAAGCGUUCAGCGGUACGGACCUGCAUUUCAUGCCACGCAACAGACUCGCCUUGCUGGAGGCCCUCUUGGACAAACAGGAAGCAAGACCAAUUGUGCAACUCUUGUGGUCUUCGCUACAAAAAGACACAGACAAGAUGCCUCAAUGACAGUUGUCGAAAGAUACCUUCCAAGGGCGAACUUGCAAUCAUGAAGGCAAAUGGCAGCCUGACCCGAAUCAGUCCGGACGGCUCGAUAACAAGAGGUCUAGGCUGCCUAUUUUGCAAUAGCAUAGUUGAGAUCAAGGAAUGA